UUCCGGGGCCGUAGAAGUCGACGGAGGCCUCCGAAUGGGUCGCAGCCGCAGCCGCUCGCCGCGGAGAGAACGAAGACGGUCCCGGUCCACAUCCAGGGAGAGGGAACGCAGACGCCGAGAAAGGUCAAGGUCCCGGGAGAGAGAUCGAAGGAGGAGCCGUUCUCGAUCCCCACACAGAAGACGUUCCAGAUCGCCCAGACGACACAGAUCUACAUCCCCUUCCCCUUCUCGACUGAAAGAAAGAAGAGAUGAGGACAAGAAAGAAACAAAAGAAGCAAAGAACAAAGAACGUCAGAUCACUGAGGAGGACUUAGAAGGCAAAACAGAGGAAGAAAUAGAAAUGAUGAAGCUAAUGGGGUUUGCCUCCUUUGACUCCACAAAAGGGAAGAAGGUGGAUGGCUCUGUAAAUGCCUACGCCAUAAAUGUGUCUCAGAAGAGAAAGUACAGGCAGUACAUGAAUCGAAAAGGUGGAUUUAACAGGCCUUUGGACUUCAUUGCAUAAGAAUUGGAAUGUUGAAGAAUGUCUUCUCUCAUCUUGGUCAAGAGUGGAUUUUAUAGUUUGUAUUUAAUAUGCAUCCAAACAGAAUCUCAGUUCUUCCUGCGUAUAAAGUAAGAAAAUUUUAUUUAUGAAUUGUGGAGUUCAUUUACUCUGCCUCAAAAGAAGAAAAGUUGAAUAUUACAUUUUUUCUCUUUUCGGAAUUAUUUGAGGUAAUCAUCAACUCCGUUUUGUUUGUUCUUUUUUCCCGUGGAAGCUAUAUUAGUUUUCUUCUUUGAAUACUUGUUAGGACUUUUUGAAAAGCAUAAAGUAAUUGGAUGGCAGUUUCCCCAAUAAAGCAAUAUUUCUACCCUUUUGUAAUUGA